AUGUCCCAACCUCUAUGGUCCCAACCUUCAAUCCGAACAAAGCCGAGCCGGGAGAAGAAAUCUAUGUCAAUAUUCCGAAACGGAGGGCCGAUUCCGUCCUUGUGCCGGACAGCAGGAACCUUCAAAAACAAAAACACGAAAUCCUGGUUCCGGAACAAUCUCGAAAAGUUACUCCAGAAAAGACUGGAAAUCCGCCUGUCUGGAGAAAAGAUUUGUGACAACAGCUGGGAAAACAUCCUGGAAGUCUAUAGAGAUCUAUGGCUACACAAGAAGCAGAGAGACGACAUGGUGGAAGAUGGAAUUGCCAGCGAUGCCAUGAGAAAGAAGGUCUCCAAAGACGAUGUUACAAACGAUGACGCAGACGCAACUGCAUUAUUCGGAAUAUUUGGAACUAAGCAAAGGAUCAAGAUCGGAAAAAUCCUAAAGGACCACGGUCUGUAUGCUCCGUACAACAUGGCAAACAACCUGCAGUAUGUUGUGACUUUGCCUAAGGCGGAGGAGAUCAUGAAUGCGCAGGCUAACGAGAAAGUGGAAGGAUACAGUUUGGAGAACAUAGAACUGGAGUAUAAUAAUAAUAAUAAUAAUAACUUUAUUUAA